CAUUUCCCGUGACCUCCCUUCCCAAAGCCCAAGAUGUUCCAGACGACGCGCCACAUCACGUGUUGCACUUAUCUCUCCCUCGCUCCAACCCCGGAUUACAUCAGCGAACUAAAGUACCUGGAGCGAUCAUCAACCGAGGCAUGUGAGCUUUUGGGUAUGUCGCCGGCUCCCAGCACCACAUUGACAACUUUGCGAUCUUGCAACGAUCAAUGCAAACAGCAUAAUGAGUGAUAGCGAGACGAAACCAAAAGGAGGCGUGCCUUCAUGGCAGAUGAAGCCGGAAGCUUCAGAUCCUAAACCCGCAACUGAAGAGAAGCCAGCCUCGGAGCAGCCGUCGCCUGAGGUAAAGCCUAGGUCGUCCGUCUUGGAGGAUGCGCGGAAGUUCCUGGAGGAAGAUGAGGUUAAGGAUGCGAGUACAGACAAGAAGGUCGCCUUUUUGGAAGGCAAGGGAUUGACGAGCGAGGAAAUACACCAGCUACUGGGCAUCACCCGUAACCUGGAGGCUACAAGCCUAGAAUCCCAAGCCUCGCCCAAAACCCAAGCACCACUCCCCCAACCAGUCACAUCCACCACACCACCACCUCCACAACCACAAGCACCGCAACCCCAAACCCCCGCCCAACCCUACCGCGACAGCCCCCCCAUAAUAACCUACCCCGAAUUCCUCACCACGCCCACCUCCCCACCCCCCCUCAUCACCGCCUCCCGCCUCCUCAAAACCCUCUACCUCUUCGGCGGCCUCUCCGCCCUCCUCUACGGCACCUCCACCUACCUCGUCGCCCCCAUGUCCGCCGCGCUCUCCGACUCCCGGCACGAGCUCGCCGCAGCCGCACAAGCGCAUCUGGACACCCUGAUUGGCAAGCUGACGCCUCUCGUCUCUGAGGUUCCGCAACCUGUACUCGCACAGGGGGAGCGCUACGAGGAUAGGGAAGAUGUGGACUCCGACGGCGACCCGACGGAGAUGUUCCACCGCGACAUCGGGGUUCAGACGUCCCCCCCACCUUCUCGCCCCUCCUCCCCCUCUCAGGAGGAGAAGAUCUCAGUAGCAGAGGCUCAAGCGAAAAAAGCAGCGAAUAUCGGGGCGAUAUUGUCGGACGUCGAUUUGACGAUUGCGUCGGAGCUGAGGGAGUCGAGUAACUUGCAGGAUGGGAUUGAGGAUCUGAAGAAGUACUUGGAUUCGUUGAUGUAUAGUCCGCCGACGUUCUCGUAUGGGGCCGGGUCGGCGUUUGGCGCGAAGAGGGAUGAAGAUGAUGAGAUUGGGCGGGUGAAGAGGGAGAUUAGGGCGGUGAAGGGGGUGUUGUUGACGGCGAGGAGUUUUCCGGGGGUGGGGGCGGGGGUGAGGUAG